AUGUUCCGUGUGGGUGCCGUCAGGGCGCUCUACGCUGUUACAAGGGCCCAAGUCCCCCGGCAAUUACCUGCCUUCCGAUCUCGAAUCUCUUCGUCUCUUCUCCAGUCAUCCCGAGUCGCGCCGUCCCUUGUCGUGUCUGGCAUCCGAUCUUAUUCCGCGCCUGGUGGUCUGUCGAAAGAGGAGGUGCAAGGCCGGAUAAUGGAUUUGUUGAAGAACUUUGACAAGAUCACCGGCACCUCACAUUUCCACAACGAUCUUGGAUUGGACAGCUUGGAUACCGUGGAGGUCGUCAUGGCCAUCGAGGAAGAGUUCAGCAUUGAGAUCCCAGACAAGGAGGCUGAUGCCAUCCACAGCGUUGACCAAGCCGUGGCAUACAUCACCUCCCAACCGGAUGCCCAUUGA